CAGGCGUGGACCUUGCAAAAGCAACCGCACGUCUACGCGGUCAUGCGGCGGACUUCGAGAAGACAAAUGGCUUGCGUGCAUUGUACAACAGAAGUACAUGUGGAGGUUCCCGACGUACAAGUACCUCUUGCCGUUUCCUCGCCCGCAUCGAUUCUAUUUCUCUGUGUGGGCGUCAUUGCACUCUUGCUUCCGAGUGCGACGGGCUACGAUGCCGCACCAUCAUGCUCCGCAUUCUUGACGCCGCAUUCACCGUCCUCCUUCCAAUUAUUUGCGUCAUCUCUUUGGAAGUGCUCUCGGUGCUCUUCUAUUCCUUUCUCCUGUUCCCGCUUCAUAGUCUCCCGACACCUCGUUAUGAAAGGCGCCGCAGACCCCCACCACACUGUCAAGCGCAUUUGUGCCACAAACAAAUACGCGAAAUCAUCUUACGAGAUCGGAAAGAAAUUUGAAGCGGGUAUCUCACUAGUUGGUACGGAAAUCGGUCCGGUGGCUAGCGGGCAGUGUCAGCUAAGAGAUGCCUACUGCCGGGUACGAGACGGGGAGCUCUGGAUUCACAAUCUCUUCAUAGGGCCGCAUAAAACGACUGGAAAGUAUUUUCAGCACGCCGAAAAACGACCACGACGCUUACUAGUGCACAAAAAGGAGAUACUGGAAUUGAAAUAUGCCUCGGACAGGGACGGACAAACCAUCGUUCCCUUAUGCAUUUAUCUGACGGCCACCCACCGUGUGAAAGUAGAGGUGGCGAUCGGAAGGGGAAUCAAAAAGUACGACAAGCGAGAAGCAGUCAAGCAGCGCGAGAUAAAGCGGGGGUUCGAGCGGCUACUUAAAACCUACUGAUUGGUUUUGGAUGUGAGCUAGACAGGCGUAUGUCGGGUAACAUAGUGCGUUCCCAUGUGCAGGAAGUGUCCCCAAACGUCUUAAAAUAAUGUAAAAACUGGAC